CUGUAACACAAAGGCUCCAGAACCUCGUCGAUACAGCCAGUCGGGUUAUGAAAGCUAGGUCGUGCCGCAUUAGCUCUACAGAAAGAUAAAUGUUAUUGUUUCCUUAGCGUUCCUAAACCAGCCUUAUUUUAGGCAACCAUUUGAGCCAAAGGGAAACAUGUUCUCCCCUUCUCACAUAUAAAAUCAGGCACCGGAAUCUAAAUCUUUUACGAUCAAGUUGCUCGAGGCAGAGCUAUCUACACAAACCACAACGAGAUAUUAGCAUUCUAUUAUUCAAACACGAGAUGGCAGCAAUCGAUACAGGCAGGAUUUAUGUCCUUAAAAACAGCUACACAGCUGCAAACAAGAUACUUGCUAUGACUUCAAAUGGUGAUUCCCUCUCUAUGGUUGACGCUCAUAGCGUUAGUCCUAACGCCCUCUGGUUCCUCACCCCGACAACCAUGAGCAACUGCUAUCGCCUCCAUACAGUCGCCAGGGGCGUGAAGCAGUCGCUCGACGUUAUCAAUGACGGAAUAGAAAACAUCAAUCUCCACAUGACCGACACUGGUAACUACUCGGGUCAGUUUUGGAGAUUCGACAACUGGACUCCAGGCGGCCAGGGAUAUCCAUACCGCCUGAGCAAUACCUUUACGGGACAGGAUAAGCACCUGGAUGUAUACUCGGAUACGUUUGUUGCUCACCUCGCUGGCGGCAAUCAUACUGGGCAGCAUUGGGAGCUUACUCCUACAAGCACUGUUGCGGCAUCCACAGAUGCUCCUACUACGUCCUAAUCACGAGCGCCGCAGUCACUUUAAUACACAUAAGAUCUCAGAAGGGAUUCGAAGGAUGUGCAGAGUCGGACUUGAGUCUUGUGAUAGUUUGGCUUUGGGCACUCCGUGUUCAAUAGCCCAGAUAUUUACCUUUAAAUUGAAGCAC